AAUUACUUCAGACGAUUUCCCGAAUACAUUAUUUCUAAAAUUGACAGGUUUCAGAUUGUGUUAGUUUGCAAUAGCAUGAUGAUAGUGACAAAAUGAAUGAGGAAGCAUACAGAAUUGAAAAAUUGGAAGAAACACGCUGCAACAGAACAAUUUCAAUUUCAUCCUCGAUUUUAGGAGUGGGUAUAUUUCUGUGUUUCAUUAUUGUAAUAAAAAGUGGAACUCGGAACAACAAGUACGAAGAUAAAAGCUGCAUUACCGAGGAAUGUGUUACGGCUUCAGUAUUUCUCGCUGAUACAAUCAACAACAAAAGCGACCCCUGUGAUAACUUCUAUAAUUUCUCUUGUGGAAGAUUUGAGGAACAGUCAACUUUAGAAGAAGCCCAGAAUCGUGUUAAUGAAAGUUUGAAGUCUCUAAUUACGAGCAGAGUCAAUAAAGAUGAUUCAAGGUCAGUCAAAUUACAGAAGAAAUAUUAUACAGCUUGCAUGGACCAAACGGGAAUAGAAGAAGAUGACAAUGAAAGUUUGAAAACAAUAUUGAACGAAUUGGGAGGAUGGCCAUUAUUAGCGAAGCAUUGGAAUGCCUCUUAUAACUGGGGACAGAUAGUCGAUAAAUGUAUCGAGCUCGGCCUUUAUUACGAUUGGUUCUUGAAUAUUCACAAUGAACCCACAUUUAACGGAACGUUUGAUACAUUGGAAAUAAAACCCCCUGACAACACAGUUUAUCUUUCAUCUGAACUCAGAAGAAACUAUAACUUGCUGAUCGAAAAUGUGGAGAACAUACUUAGUUUCCCUGAAAAUGAUGUGGAUUCGAAAGAAAUAAACGACUUGAUUGAUUUUGAAAUGGAUUUGCAUCAGAUCAUUGUCGAGUCUGCAACUCACUCCACCGAAAGUAGUAUAUCUGAGCUGAGAAACAGAUUUCCGGCAAUACCAUGGAAAUAUUUGUUGAGGAAUGUUGUUGUGGACAGUAAAACAAAGAUAAUCAGUAAUGUCAAUAUUUACAUACCAAAAUUGCAAAUUCUUCUUAACAAAACACAUAUUAGGGUCCAGAUGAACUAUAUAUUGUGGAAAAUAAUUCAAUCACUCUGGAAUUUUCUCUCUAGUGAUAUCAGGAAGGCGUUUGAAGUAGAUAGAGAUCUGAAGGAUCAGAAAAAUAUUCGGAGAUUCGAAUACUGCUAUGAAAUGACAAAUACGGUAUUUUCAUACGUAUCUGAAGCAGUGUAUGCAAGACAAUACACAGGUGAGAGGAAGGAAGUCGAAAAAAUGGUUGAAAACAUAAAAAAUGUUCUGCACGAUCAUAUCAAAUUAACAAAGUGGAUGAAUCAGAGUCAUCAGGAGUACGCUAUUUCAAAAUUGAAAAAUUUAGAAGUCAUCAUAGGAGCUCCAGAUGAAGCAUAUGAUGAAGAACAAUUUGAUGAACUAUUGGGUACAGACAAGAUUGAUAUUCUUCUCUUGAAUAACACAUUGGACAUAGUGAGAGCAGUUGACAAGAGUCGAGACGAGUAUAAUUUGAAUUUUCUGAAGAAGAAAGUUAAUUAUGUGGAUGCACGUUUCUAUCAAGGCAUUGGCAAUAUCCAAGCUACAAAAUAUAUACCGGAAAAAAAUACGAUAUUUUUACCGGCCGCAAUUCUGAAUGGAAUAUUCUAUUCCAACGAAAGACCAGUUUCUUCAAAUUACGGAGCGCUUGGAACGAUAAUCGCUCAUGAGUUAGUUCAUGCCUUUGGAAUACUGGAUAUCCUGAGAUAUAUCGGUGGAAAAGAGUAUAUAGUAUGGUCAAAUUCCACUAUCGAUGCAUUCUUCAAAGCUACCGAAUGUCUUCUAGAUGACUGUAAUGAAUUCAGCAAUAAUAUAACUGAAAUAAAUUGUGAAGGGGCUUCAGACGAGAAUUUUGCAGACUAUUCAUCCAUUAAUCUCUCCUACGAGGCUUUCAAGAAAGUAGAAACGUCCAGCAAAGAUCAGCUACCUGGUUUGGAUUUUACCUCCGCUCAAAUAUUCUGGAUAAGUUAUGCUUUGACGAUGUGCGACAACUUGCCAGUCAACAACACAAAAAAAUCAACGCACAUGCAGCCCUUUCAGAGAAUAAUAGGGUCAUACAGAAAUUCCAGAUAUUUCGCCAACGAUUUUUAUUGUCAUGAAGGCACUAAUAUGAAUCCCGCGGAAAAAUGUAUUGUUUUAUGAAACUUUCAAGUUUGAAAUUCAAAUACAGAUGAGUCAUCA